AUGACCGAAACAGAUUACUCGGGCACGGGGCUUGUCCAUGUUAAAAACCCGCACCUGGACUCGCUGGAGGAGGAUGUUCUGUAUCACUUGGACUUGGGAACGAAGACGCACAACCUGCCGGCCAUGUUUGGGGACAUCAAGUUUGUCUGCGUUGGUGGCAGCCCCAACAGGAUGAGGGAGUUUGCCCAGUUCAUGCACAAGGAGCUGGGACUGGCGGGCGAUGAGGAGGACCUGGCGGACAUCUGUGCGGGGACGGACCGGUACGUUAUGUACCGCGCCGGGCCCGUGCUCUCCAUCAGCCACGGGAUGGGCAUCCCUUCCAUUUCCAUCAUGCUUCAUGAGCUAAUCAAACUGCUGCACCAUGCAAAAUGCCGAGACGUUACUAUUAUACGCAUCGGUACUUCUGGAGGCUUAGGGGUCGAGGCCGGGUCUGUCGUGAUCACAGACACGGCUGUGGACACCUCCUUCAGGCCACGGUUCGAGCAGGCGGUGCUGGAUGACGUGGUGGUGCGGAGCACGGAGCUGGACAAGGACCUCGCGGAGGAGCUUCUCGCCUGCAGCCAGGAGACUCCGGACUUCCCCACGCUCAUCGGCCACACCAUGUGCACCUCUGACUUCUAUGAAGGUCAGGGGAGAUUGGAUGGAGCAUUGUGCUCUUUUUCCAGUGAAAAAAAGUUAGAGUACUUAAAAAGAGCUUAUGAUGCCGGCGUGAGGAACAUUGAGAUGGAGUCCACCGCGUUUGCCGCCCUGUGCGGGUUGUGUGGCCUAAGAG